GUCUCUAGGCUGCGGGCGGAGCGGGGAAAUUUCUGCUCAGCCGGGCGCUUCCUCGCGGAGAAGCCGGAGUGAGCUGCGGCAGCCGCAGGCCUGGGCCGCCCCCUCCUCCGCCUCCUCCUCGCCGGGGCUCCUCACUGCUCUCGCUCGCUCUCCGGAGAGGCUCAGGUACUUGGCAACGGACUGAAGAUUUCAUUCAAAUACGAUUUGAAAGUUUGAAACCAGAGAUGCACUAGAAUUUAGAGUGUUUCAUUUGGUUAAGGUAUGGUCUGAAUAUGCGUUGCUUGGCAGCUCGGGUCAACUAUAAGACUUUGAUUGUCAUCUGUGCGCUCUUCACAUUGGUCACAGUCCUGCUGUGGAAUAAGUGUUCCAGCGAUAAGGCUGUUCAGUUUCCACGAACCUGGAAUAACGGUCUGAGAGCUGAUGGAUUAGAAAAAAGAGCAGCUGCCUCGGAGAGCGACGACAGUGUGAACCAUGCGGCCAGGCAGCAGCCAGAGGAAGCAUCCCCGCAGGAGCAGCAGAAAGCUCCCCCUGUAGUUGGAGGUUUCAACAGUCAUGGGAACAAAAUUCUGGGACUCAAAUAUGAAGAAAUUGACUGUCUGAUCAAUGAUGAACACACAAUUAAAGGAAGGCGAGAAGGAAAUGAGAUCUUCCUCCCCUUCACUUGGGUAGAGAAAUAUUUUGAAGUUUAUGGGAAGAUGGUCCAGUAUGAUGGCUAUGAUCGGUUUGAGUUCUCUCACAGUUACUCCAAAGUCUACGCACAGAGAGCACCUUAUCACCCUGAUGGAGUGUUUAUGUCCUUCGAAGGCUACAAUGUGGAGGUCCGAGACAGAGUCAAGUGCAUAAGUGGUGUUGAAGGUGUACCAUUAUCCACCCAGUGGGGACCUCAAGGCUAUUUUUACCCAAUCCAGAUUGCGCAGUAUGGUUUAAGUCAUUACAGCAAGAAUCUGACUGAGAAGCCCCCUCACAUUGAGGUCUAUGAAACAGCAGAAGAAAAGGACAAACACAGUCGGCCUAGUGAUUGGACUGUGCCAAAGGGCUGCUUCAUGGCUAAUGUGGCUGAUAAGUCUAGAUUCACCAAUGUUAAACAGUUUGUUGCUCCAGAAACCAGUGAGGGCGUCUCUCUACAGCUUGGCAACACAAAAGACUUCAUUAUUUCUUUUGACCUAAAGUUACUGACAAAUGGGAGUGUGUCUGUGGUUUUGGAGACCACGGAGAAAAACCAGCUCUUCACAGUGCAUUAUGUUUCAAAUACUCAGCUGAUUGCUUUUAAAGAAAGAGACAUUUACUAUGGCAUUGGGCCCAGAACUAGUUGGAGCACUGUCACUAGAGACCUGGUCACUGACCUGAGGAAAGGAGUGGGUCUCUCCAACACAAAAGCUGUCAAGCAGACCAAAAUAAUGCCUAAGAAAGUAGUUAGGUUAAUUGCAAAAGGGAAAGGAUUCCUUGACAAUAUCACCAUCUCUACCACAGCUCACAUGGCCGCUUUCUUUGCUGCAAGUCAUUGGCUGGUCAAGAACCAGGAUGAAAAAGGGGGCUGGCCAAUUAUGGUGACAAGGAAGUUAGGGGAAGGGUUCAGAUCUUUAGAGCCCGGCUGGUACUCUGCCAUGGCCCAAGGACAAGCGAUUUCAACCUUAGUAAGGGCCUAUCUUUUAACCAAGGACCACGUAUUCCUUGACUCAGCUUUACGGGCAACAGCACCUUAUAAGUUCUUGUCAGAACAACAUGGCGUGAAAGCUGUCUUCAUGAACAAGUAUGACUGGUAUGAAGAAUAUCCCACCACCCCUAGCUCGUUUGUUUUAAAUGGCUUCAUGUAUUCUUUAAUUGGACUGUAUGACUUAAAAGAAACUGCAGGGGAAAAACUAGGGAAAGAAGCAAAGUUGUUGUACGAGCGUGGCAUGCAAUCCCUGAAAGCCAUGCUCCCCUUGUACGACACUGGCUCAGGCACAAUCUAUGACCUCCGGCACUUCGUGCUUGGCAUUGCUCCCAACCUGGCCCGCUGGGACUAUCACACCACGCAUAUCAACCAGCUCCAGCUGCUGAGCACCAUCGAUGAGUCUCCCAUCUUCAGAGAGUUCGUCAAGCGGUGGAAAAGUUACCUGAAAGGCAGCAGAGCAAAGCACAACUAAAGCUUGAGACCAAAAUCACAUUUCAGCCAUCUGCUGUCCACAGGAACGAUUGGUCACUCUUUCACAGCAAAACAAAGGCACGUUUUAAAAGGUCACAUGCUAAAUUUUUGUGGAUGACUUUAAUGAAGUGAUCCUUAAAGGUAAUCCAAAAGAAUUGCAUUCCAUGAUGUGGAUGUUGAGAAGCGUAAGUGACAUUUCUAGCAUGAGGGCUGAAUAAAGGCUACUCCCUUUACCUUGCUUACCUAUAGUCCAGUUUGAUUAGACAUGCCUUAAAAAAAAUUCACACUCAGUUUGGGGAACAUCAUUUUCUUCUUAUAGGAAAAUGGUUAAAUAGCCAUACAGUCCUUCUGUCUAGCCCUUGCCUAAAAAUUUAGUAUGUGACCUCUUUUAAAAUGAAAUUACUUAUGUAUGUGUUGGAAUUGGAGUAAAGAAAAAUCAUGUGCUGUAAUGAAGUAAAUGUCUAUUUACUUGUAAACUGGAUAGUGGACUGUGUACAUCUUUUUAAAAGAUGUUUCUUUUCUACGGAAUAAUUUGUGGGGGAGCAUUUGUUAAAUUUGGUAUAUAUGGAGAAAUAUUUUGAGCUUAUCGUUUUCUUGAAAUGUACAAAUUAAAAACAUAAAGCCAGUUUUCUGGCUUCAAAGUUACAUUCUGUAAGCACAAAUAAGAGUGAAAAGAAUUGACUGCACAAUUGCAUUCAUUCGUUUUGAUGAAACUUGAUCUCCAAUCAGUUGAAAGUUUGAUCAUCAAUCAGUCCCCCCUGCCAUAGUAUUGGGUUCUUUUUGUCACUGCUUGGAAUUUUGUAUUGUUAUUUCAGGUUAUAUUUAAGAAUUCUCUUCAUUUUGAUAUCCCAUCCUUUGUGAAACUUUAUCAUCAGCCUACAUUUGUAAAGAAUCUAAUUUUCAUAACCUGCAGAAAAACUUGACUUCAACUUCUAAUAGGCCUGAGUAGCUUCUUUUCCCUGAAGUAAUUUACUUCAAGGGCUUUUUUGAAUCAAUGUCCAUUGUUAUAACCGUUCCCUACCCCCAUACAUGCUAUAAAGGGGGAACAAUGUAGUGUAAGCAUUAAAUUCAAGAUACAUGCUUUUUUCAUACUUUAAGUCAUUGAUGUGAUGUACAUUAAAUUUUUUUUUCUAGUGUUAGAGAAAAAUAUUUCAGCAGUUGGAUAAGAGAAGCUGCUUCUACAUGUGGGCAGAUUUCAUAGCUCUUCACACCCACUUGUGUGUAAUCUGGAUGGAUAAAGGCCUUCAGAGUCAUUGAUCAGGUCAUUGAGCCAGUGGGGGUGGGGUGAAUAUAAUUUGCCACUGGCCUUUGUCUUAAUUCCAUUAGUAACUGGUUGGUUGCAGGCCAUUAUAUUAAUGCCUUAUAGCAAUACUGUGAUUUCUGUAAGUUAUAACAUGAUGCCCCACAAUUCCCAAGUAAAAAGCCUGUCAAGUACAAUAUGGCUUAGCUACUCAUACCAAAUGGUCACCAGAAACCAAAUAUGUACCCUAUCAAUCUGCAAAAUCUCUUUUAUUUAUGGUUCAAAAAAGGAAGUUGAAAUUUUUUGAGAGGGUUCAUGAGCCAAGGAAAAGAUGCAUGUCAGCACUAAGAUAAAAUCAAUCUGGUCAGAGAAGAAGCAGGCUUGAAGCAACCAAUGUUGUUUAACCAUUCGUUUUUAAUUUUGCAGUCUGAAAAUUCUGAACUCAAAGCUUUUUUUUUUUUCCUCAGUGCCAGAGUCCAGAAAGUCUGUGUGUAAUCUCCCCCCCCCCGCCCCCAUUUGAUUCAUUGUGAUAGCUAGGCUGUUCUAGAAAUAUGAAUACUCCAGGCUUCUCCCAGAUGUGUUUGCACACCCUGAAGGAGUUCAGUUUAGGAAGAUUCACGAGAGUGUUAUGGUACUGCUUUGGAGACAAAUAUCGGUGCCUAAACAAUUUGGCUGUCUUCUGUGCAGAAAAGAAAUACGGUGACUUUCAUCUGGAAAUGUCAGAAAUGAAUGACGUUGGUGUUUCUGUGCUGUUGGUCAGACCUUGCAUUUUUUACCAUAGCAGCAGCAGCGGUGUGAUUUCCUUGGUUCUAAGAGAGGGCCCUGAACCUGUGGCACCAUUGUUGGGAAAAACAUAUGGAGACUACAUUAUUAUGUUCCCCCCAAACUGUCCAUUCUUUCCAUUUGUAAUUGUCUCCAUAAAUACCCUCAGUGAGAGCUGCUUAUAUUUAAACCAUUGAUCUGUGCAUUCUUGUUCUGAGCUUGGCUGGGGGUGACGCUGGGUACUGGGGAAAGGGAAUGGGACCGCGGUAGUGUAUAGUAUGUAUGAUCUUGCCUUUAGCUGACUUUGAUUUGAACCUAAACCUCUUUUGGCAUUUCACGUGUAAAAUCAAAUCAUCCAAGAGUGGAGGGAUGCAAGUUCCAUUUGACCUUUGGAUCAGUAGUAUUGUACAUAGGUUUCAUCUAAGAAACAUGAUGCAUGUGAGCAUAUGCAACAGUGACACACAAGCACAACUCUACAAGCGUGGCAGUCUUCUUUUCUUGACCAGUGUAUGAAAGCCGUGCACUGGGAGCUGCUAUUUUCAUCCACCUUCUGGUCUUUCUUUUCUCUUGUUUCUUUUUUGUUGUACAUGUGGGUUGUAUACCAUGUGUUAAAUAUGCAAUAAAGUGUUUACUGGAUGCCCUUCUAAAGGGUAGUCCUUUGUAAAGCUGUACAGACUUUGCAGUUCAAGCACAAUGUGCACAUGUUAGUUUUAUAUACAGCAAAACUUGAUUUUUUGCAGACAGAAAGGUAUUAUGUUUCUAUACAAAGUAAAUGGAUCGUUUGUGCUUAAUGUAAAGCUGCUUUAUAAAAUUGUAAAAUAAAUUUUUAUCUU